AUGGGAUCCAGACGGUUGAAUACCUGUCCUUUCAAGUUGAGGGCUAAUUACUCAAUCAGAAAUAAAGAGUGGACUAUACUGGUUGUUAACGAUCAGCACGAUCACUCUCUUGAUUCUUCUUAUGAAGAGACUAACUUGGAUUCGAAAUCGUCAAAAGUUGCAUUAUCCCGGAAGAAGAAACUGAUCUCACUGAAAAACAGUUCCAUGUCAUCAAAUCAGGAAGAUGAAAGAUCUAGUAGACAAACUUUCACUCCGAAUAUUCAGUUGGAUGAUUCUGCGUUUAGUAAUGCCAUUGAUAAUUCAAUGUCUAAUAACACACCAAGUUAUAAGAACAGUUCUUCGGCUGACGUUUUCAGUACGUUUAUCCCACCUUCCAAUAUGUCCGCAUCGGAAAUAAUGAAGAAUGAUACGGACGAACUCAGUAAAGCCACUGGGUUAUCAAAUACCACUGUCACUGAUCAACAGAGCAAAGAGCAAAACCGUGAACAUGGUAAGAUAUUGAACGGUAAUAAUUUUGAGUCAUUCCAUUCUAAACCUAAAAUCUCAAAAGCGAAGCAGAAUUAUAGAUCCAGAAGUAGCACUGUCUUGAGUCUUCCGGAAAGAGUUGCCUUACAAUUAGAAAAUGAGGUAAAUCAGCUUAUCGGAAGUCGGGUUUUCAAUAAUACCAAAUUAACAACUAUUGACAAAACAAAGAUCAUUACUCAAUUAGUUGAUCAUUUACUGAAUCACAAUAAAGACCAGGGUGACUACACACUACAAAAUGAGAGCCAAAUGGGCAAGCCUUAUACAGAGGAUCCACAGGAAGGUUCAUACCUCGGUGAGCAAAACGUAUCUAAUGAUCUGAUUGAUGUGAAUAAUUUAGGCAGUGAAGACAUUGCAACCUCGAUGGAUACUAGAGACAUUUCAGAACAUCAAAAUAUUCCCUUGCAUUCCAAUCCACCAAUUACUAAUCCACAAAGUGAAAUCAGGAAACAAAAUCAUACUCAUCAAGCAAUCGGCCAACAAGUUCAACAUUCUAAGGAGAACCACUCGGAAGGGAACCAAGAUCAAGGUAAGAACAAGCAACAGCCUUUUGAUAGAAAUGAGCAUGAUCAAAACCAAGCCCAUGAUCACCAACAAGAUCAACAGAAUCAACAAUCUCAAAAAUCUGCACUCACAAACUGGCUAACAAACACUUCCUAUUCAACACAGAAUAAUCUAGCAGCCAAUGCCAACGCCAAUUUGAUUCCAUUGUCGCCCUUAUUAAAUGAUAAAGACACCGACUAUAAUCCAGCAUCUAGUAACCCCGUCACUAGUCAACAUGCAGAAAACUCAAUGGACACUUUCGGCCCUCUUCCGGGCUUAAGCAUGAAUACUGGAACUAGCAGCUUUGGCAAUAAUAACAGUAACUCAACUUUUAAUACCACCACUUCGACAGGGUUGAUUGGAAAUGCUUCCAAUAACUCUUAUAACUCCAUGAAUUUCAUGAUUCCUUCUCAAAACAUUCAAAUGCUGCAAAUUAACCAUCAAACUCAACAAUUGCCAUCUUUCAAUUCGAUCCAAAAUCAAUUACCACUUUCACCCAACUCUUUAUCCAACAAUUCGACUCCCUCUUUAUUUAGUACCAGUAUGGGGUCUUCAGCCCUAAUCCCCCCUUCAAACACAAACUUCAACACCACCCUCAACCCUUCACAUUUAUUAAAAUCCUCAAACUCUAAAAAUCACACAUUACCCAUGUCGAAUAACCAACCUCUCUCAGGAGCAAUGGUGAAUCUCAACGAGUUUAAACUCACCAGUAAUCCGUCUAACCAUGUUUCUAACUUAAACUAA